UUCGAUUUCUGGAAUUUUCACAAUUUAUGCGACCACAUUCUUCAUUUUUUUUUUCUUCUCAAUGGAAAUGCAAAAUUGAUUAGCUCUUUCUCCGAUAAAAAUGGGCAUUCCAAUAAAUAUUACUGUAGGUUCUCAAGUGUGGAUUGAGGAUCCAUCAGUUGCUUGGAUUGAUGCACAAGUAUCAGAGGUUAAUGGACAGGAAGUUCAGGUUCAGACAUCUGAUGGGAGGACGGUUGUAGCAACUUUAUCAAAAACUCACCCCAAGGAUGAAGAUGCUCCUGAUGGAGGAGUGGAUGACAUGACUGAACUUUCAUAUUUGCAUGAACCUGGAGUCUUACAUAAUUUGGCAACAAGAUAUCAACUCAACGAAAUCUAUACUUAUACUGGAAGUAUUCUUAUAGCCAUUAAUCCGUUCCAAAAACUGCCUGAUUUAUAUGAUGGCCGCAUGAUGGCAAAAUACAAAGGAGUACAACUCGGUAAACUAAGUCCUCAUGUCUUUGCUAUAGCUGACACUGCUUACAGGGCGAUGAUCAACGAGGGUAAAAGCAAUUCUAUACUGGUUAGUGGUGAAAGUGGUGCUGGUAAGACUGAAACUACUAAAAUGCUUAUGCAAUAUCUUGCCUAUUUGGGCGGCCAUAAGGGCACUCAAAAACGGACUGUGGAACAACAAGUGCUGGAGUCAAAUCCAGUACUUGAAGCAUUUGGCAAUGCCAAAACAGUUAGAAAUAACAAUUCAAGCCGUUUCGGUAAAUUUGUGGAGAUUCAGUUUGAUAAGAAUGGAAGAAUAUCUGGAGCAGCUAUUAGAACGUAUCUUCUUGAAAGAUCUCGAGUUUGCCAAGUUUCAGACCCUGAACGGAACUAUCACUGUUUCUACCUUCUAUGUGCAGCACCACAGGAGGAGAUCAAAAGGUACAAGUUGGGGGAUCCCAAAUCAUUUCGCUAUCUCAACCAAUCAAAUUGCUAUGAACUAGUAGGUGUUAAUGAUGCCCAUGACUAUCUUGAGAUAAGGAGGGCAAUGGAUAUUGUUGGAAUUAGCGAGAAAGAGCAGGAAGCAAUUUUUAGUGUUGUGGCUUCUGUUCUUCAUCUUGGUAAUAUAGAAUUCGAAAAGGGCAAUGAAGUUGAUUCAUCAGUUGUGAAAGAUGACAAAUCUAGGUUUCAUCUUCAAACUACUGCAGAGCUUCUGAUGUGUGAUGUUACUUCACUGGAGGAUGCCCUACUAAGACGUGUAAUGGUCACUCCUGAAGAAGUUAUAAAGAGAAGUCUUGAUCCUGAAGCUGCAGCAGUAAGCAGAGAUGGAUUAGCUAAAACACUAUAUUCUCGCUUAUUCGACUGGUUGGUGGACAAAAUAAAUAACUCGAUUGGACAAGAUCCUCACUCAAAAUCUCUAAUUGGUGUUCUUGACAUUUAUGGUUUUGAAAGUUUCAAAAGUAAUAGUUUUGAACAAUUCUGCAUUAAUUAUACUAAUGAGAAGCUGCAGCAACAUUUUAACCAGCACAUGUUCAAGAUGGAGCAGGAGGAAUACACUAAGGAAGAGAUAGACUGGAGCUAUAUAGAAUUCGUGGACAACCAGGAUGUUUUAGAUCUUAUUGAAAAGAAACCUGGAGGCAUCAUUGCUCUUCUUGAUGAAGCCUGUAUGUUCCCCAAGUCAACUCAUGAAACAUUCUCACAGAAGCUUUAUCAGAUAUUCAAGACCAACAAACGCUUUGUCAAACCAAAAUUGUCCCGCACUGAUUUUACCAUUGCUCAUUAUGCUGGAGAGGUUCAAUACCAGUCUGAUCAGUUUUUAGAUAAGAACAAAGACUAUGUCGUUCCUGAGCAUCAGGAUUUGUUAAGUGCUUCUAAAUGCCCAUUUGUAGUGGGCCUUUUUCCUCCUGUUGCUGAGGAGUCAACUAAAUCUUCAUCCAAAUCUUCCAAGUUCUCAUCCAUUGGUUCUCGUUUCAAGUUACAACUCCAAUCAUUGAUGGAAACUCUGAAUUCUACAGAACCUCAUUACAUUAGAUGUGUGAAGCCUAACAGUCUUCUGAAACCGGCAAUAUUUGAGAACGUUAACAUUAUGCAGCAGCUACGUUGUGGUGGUGUUCUAGAGGCAAUCAGAAUUAGUUGUGCUGGCUAUCCCACGCAUAAGACAUUCUCUGAGUUUAUGAAUCGAUUUGGUGUUCUUGCUCCAGAGGUCUUCCAAGAGCAGGAUGAUGAAAAAGUUGCGUGCAAAAAGUUAUUAGAAAAGAUAGGGCUUGCUGGUUAUCAGAUUGGACAAACAAAGAUUUUUUUGAGAUCAGGGCAGAUGGCGGAGCUAGAUGCACACAGAGCACUAAAGCUAUCUGCUGCAGUUAAGACAAUACAAAAGGAAACUAGAUGUCAUAUUUCUAGGAGAGAUUAUGUUUCUUUGCAGAAGGUGGCAAUCUGCUUACAAUCCUUGUGUCGAGCAAGGUUUGCUUUCAAAUCAUAUGUUACCUUGAAAAGAGAGGCUGCUUCUCUCAAAAUCCAGACAAAGUUGCGUGGACACUUAGCCAGAAAAUCCUACACGAAACUUAAAUUAGCAGUCAUUGCUCUUCAGACUGGAAUUCGAGUGGCAGCUGCACGAACUAAGUUCAGAUAUGAAAAGCGAACCAAGGGAGCUCUGAUUAUACAGGCCUAUGAGCGCCGUCACAAAGUCCUUUCAUACUAUAGGAAACUCAUAUGGGCAUCAAUUUUUACACAAUGCAGAUGGAGGGGAAUUGUUGCAAGGAGAGAGCUUCGCAAACUAAAGAUGGCUUCAAAAGAAACAGGUGCACUUAUAGAGGCAAAGGAUAAGCUUGAAAAACAGGUGGAAGAACUUAGAUUGCAGUUGCAGUUGGAGAAACGUCUAAGGAUGGACUUGGAAGAGGCAAAGGAUCAGGAAAUAGCAAAAUUGCAUAAUUCAAUGCGAGACAUGCAAAGCAAACUGAGUGAAACAGAUACACUGCCCAUCAGGGAAUAUGAGGCUGCUCCAAAAGCAGUUGAAGAAGACUCUUUGAUUGUUGAUAAGAAACCAAUUCUUGUCGAGGAUGAAGAAAUCAUUGAAUCUUUAACUGCAGAGUUGAAAACUUUAAAGGUGUUAUAUCAAAAAGAAAAGCAACGUGCUGAUGAUUCUGAGAGGAAAUGUGCUGAAGUUCAAGAAUCAAGUAAAGAGAAGUGCCGGAAGUUGGAAGAAACUGAAAGAAAAGUUCAACAACUUCAGGAUUCAGUUAACAGGAUGAUUUACAGUAUAUCAGACCAAUUCUCAGAGCUGAAAAUGAUAUUACAUCCUUCUUCCGGCCAGAGUUCAGCUUCGGGACUCAUUUCUAGAGGUUAUCCUGAUGAUGCUACAUCUGCUUCAGCUGAUGCUACGUGUACCAACUCUGACUUUACAUUUCCAGCUCCUGGUUCAACUCCAACCCAAUUUUCUUCUCCAGAUUCUCAUGCUUUUCAGCUUAUAGUUCAGGAUCUGGCAGCAGCUGAUAUCUCAGGUUCUGGAAACUGGGAAAAUGACCGGGACGGGAUAUUUGAUGACUUCUUCUGAUGGAAAGUGUUCUUCAAUGUGGUAUAUCUCUAUACAUGCCAGCCUUAGAUGGUUAGCCUAUUUGGCUUUUAGCAGUCAUCUCAACCAGAUCUAAACAACUACCUUUGUACAGCAGCAUGAUCAGGUUGGUGAAAAGCUGACCAACCUAGAUUCGGAAAAGAAACAGCAGGCACUGUCAAUGGCUCAGAGCAAUACAUGCUGUUUGGAUGCUCCAGAUCAAUUAUUCAGGAUCAACAUAGCACAUCACUGAAUUCAAGUGUUAAUUAAGAGGUCGAGGGAAGACCGCAAAAAUCACUUGAUGAGAAAAAGGGGUACCAGAACUUGUUCAUACACUGUAUUACACUGUGCUCUUGACUUCUUUGAGGACAGAUCUGGUCAUGCUUGCACUAUCUACAAGUGCCUUAUGCAGUGGCGGUCAUUUGAAGUUGAGAGGACUCAAGCUAUU